ACCAACACCCCGCCCAGAGCUUACGGUCGCUGUUGACGUCGUGGCAACGCGACACCUGCGCGUGCGCAGGGACCGUGCCCCCCCCACACGUGUCGGGCUGCUGUGGGACUCGGGAGCAUGGCGGCGCUGGAUCGCCCACAGGUUAAAAAGGCAGUGCAGGCCUUGCUCGCAUACACAAAGACCAAAGAUAACACAGAUGAACUGCUUUUGAAUGAGAAUGAGAAUGUAUACUUAAUGGUGACAGUAUGGAAAAUCCCACCACAAGAACAAGUUAUCAAAAUCCCACUUCCUCAUGGUAUUCGACCAGAAACAUCUGAAGUUUGCCUCUUCACAAAAGAUGAACCUGAAUUAUCUGCAGAACAGACUGAAAACUUGUACAAGAAACUGUUGAUCCAGAAUGGGAUCACAAGUAUCAACCAGAUCAUCUCUUAUAAAACUCUCAAAAAAGAAUACAAACCAUUUGAAGCAAAACGUCGUCUCCUGAACAGAUUUGACCUCUUCCUGGCCGAUGACCGAAUUAGAAGGCUUUUGCCCUCACAUAUAGGGAAACACUUUUAUCAAAGCAAAAAGGCACCUUUAUCUGUAAACCUGAAAGCCAAGAAUCUAGCUAAGGAACUAAACAAACAUAUUCAGGGAACUAUACUUCCAGUUACCAACAAAGGGUGUUGUUAUACAGCACGUGUAGGUCACACUGGAAUGAAAGCUGAUGAGUUAUUAGAAAAUGUUACUGUUGCCGCUGAGGUGAUUUCCAAUAAGUUGCCAAAGAAUUGGAAAAAUAUUAAAGUUCUUCACCUGAAAACACUCAAAUCUGUUGCUCUCCCAAUCUUCAAUUCAUAUAUCUCCAAUUUAGAUGAGCUUGACAAGCCGCCAUCUCUCAAUCAAAAGGGAGUACAGAAAAAGAAAGGGAAAAAAAGGAAACAGAAGGCAGUCACAAAACAGACUUCAACUAAAGCCAAAGUGACAGAUGAAAAGAUGAUGAAGAAUAAUGCUACUACUAAAGACCUUGAGAUGGAACAGAAGAGAAAAGCAGAAACCUUGGCAGUCACAGAACCAGAUGAGGAUGAUGGAGAAAUUCCGCAACUUGUUCCUAUUCAAACAGAAGCCAGUAUAGCUGGGCAGGAGAAAACUGAACCAAAUCAGACUCCAGGAAAAGAUGUAAACACGAGCAGAAAACCUGAGACACCACUUGGUAAGAGAAAGAUGGCAUCGUUGGCUCCGGAGACUCCAAAAACAAAACUGAAAUUGGCUGAAAAUGAGGAAGAUUUGCCAACACCAGCUCCACAGAAACAGCCCAAGAAGCCCAGGAUCUCAAAGGAAGUAGUAAAGGAGAAGGAGCUGAAAAAGACUCCCAGAAAACCAGCAGCAAAAUCCUUUGACACACCUCAUGGGGGCAAGCUUGUAAAAUCAGCCAAGAAAGCUCCCAAAACACCAAAACAGAAGUCCAAGAAAAUGAAAGUUCCACAAUCAGUCUGAACUCUCAGUUAUAUUAUUGCUUUAUCCUAUAAAGUGAACUGAUUAAACGUAUUUGCUUUGCUUAAAAAAAUAAAAAAUCACUAUAAAUUAGAGAAAACAGCUUGAUUAAAAGAGAGCCUGAGCAUAGGGAGCUGUCUUUACCAAGGUUUGUAAUUGUCUAUCAGUGUUUCCUUCCAGUAGCAGUGGGGCUAUGAGACAUGCAAAUAAACCUUUUUCUAAUUUGGUCAUUUCUACAUUUCUUUGUGUCAUCACCCAGGCUUUAUUAUUUCCUUUGCCUGGACUAAAAAAUAUACUUCAAUGUUUUAUUUAGCUACGUGGAUGCUCCAAACAAGAGGUGUCUCCUUUUAACAGAGAAGGGAGAGAAGAAAGAUGAGGGAAAUACAGUUUUUGUUGAUGUUCUAAGGAUAGAGAGAGGCUGGGCAAUGAUAAAUAUGCUUUGGGUUGGCCACAAAGCUGUUGCUUUGGAUACUAGCUCACCUCUGGGACAACGUCUGUUUGAUUGGGGCAGGUCCCUCUCCUUUACUGGUCCUUCUCAAGCUGAGCAGAGCUGGAUGGGCAUUCUCAGCUUGCUGUGCUGGUGCCGUGCAGUACAGUUGAUUUCAGGAUCAGGUUAAAAGCAGAGAAAGAACAGGAGGAAGAUUGCAGGGGAUGGAAAGGAACAUCUGGGGUUGGGAUAAGAGGAGAAGACAGAGGAGGAUCUCGCAUGUCAAGCUGGGCUUCUCUCUGGCAUAGCAGUGAUGGUCAAACAUCCCCAUUGCGAUAUCAGGGACUAGUGUCACAGCAACAACUCUUACUGAAGUGAUGGUAAAAAGUUGUUUUUCUCACACAAAAUGUUUUCUAAGGGCUCUAAAAAGCAGUGGGUGGAAUAACUCAUCCUCUUGUUAUUUUGCCCACCAAAAAGCAUAAUUUCCAGAACAUGUAUUUUGGUCUAUUGAUUUUUCUGUCCUUAUUUACCAGUCAUAAUUUUUAACACAGUCCUUGAGUGGUAUCAGUAAAUCCUUUGUUUAAAUUAA